AUGCGGAAGUAAAUAAAAACAGUGCAAAUGGAACAGUUUCCUUUUUCUCGCCAGAGAGGGCGUUCAUCAACAGCCACAAGAAGAACGAAAAGCACAAACAGGUCCGCGGGGCCUGGUUUGAGCCUCAAAAAGAAGAAAAAGACCAAAACGUACCGUUCGACGUGCACCUGCUGGGCGCGUCACCGCGACCGCCCGUGCGCGCGCCCGACGUUCACGAGGAGUCACAAGUGAAGAAAUCAAGUUAGCUAUGCUAAGCUAAAAAACAACAACAACAAAAAUGCAUAAUAAAAACCUAGUUGCGCUAAACUAAAACGGCUGAACGCUGAUGGUGGCCAUGGUGAGGCUCACAGAUCGUCUACGCACAAGAGCCCACUCCGACGUGCCCCUUAGUUCUCUCUGCGCAUGCGCUGACAAAAGAAAUUCAUCGACCCUCACUCAGGCGGCCUGUCAGUUUGCGUACGACGGCGACAUCCACCAGCUUUUACCCCUGGUCGCCCGAGACCCGAACAGCGUCAACGAGCAGGAUGACGUCACCGGGGACACGCCCCUCAUCGCCGCCUGUCGCCGUGGCAACUUGAGCGCUGUCACAAUUCUGAUGGAGCACCACGCGGACGUACGCCCAUGCAACAAGAAGGGUCGCACGUGUCUACACUACGUUGCUAAGCAGAAGUUCUCUCUUCUGGACCACCUGAUCAUCCUCAUCCUGAUGCCCAUCCUCCUCCUGGGAUACUUCCUCCUGUUACAGAAGCAGCGCCGUAACGAGGCUCUGAUGAAGGAAGUGCUGGACAGCGACGUGGACGUCAACGCGGCAGACUACAAAGGGAACACAGCUCUUCACUACGUUUGUCUGCGGAAACGCCAUCUUUUAGUUCCUCUGUUGCUCCACAGAGACGCCGACCCUCAUGUCAAGAAUGACGACGGCGAGUCGCCGAUGGACAUCGCCAUGAGGUUAAAGUUCACUAAAGUAGUGCGGCUGCUGAGGAAGACGCAGUGAUGGAAUCGCUUCACGUGCACUCUCACCCGCGCCAUCUGGACUCAAGGACGGAUUUGGCGCCACCUGCGGCGUGAGGCAGUACUAGCCAACUAUUGUGAUUUUUUUCCCCUUUCAUUGUAGUCACGUGUCAUCCUGACCUGAUUCUUGAAUUUCAACAUUUCCUUCUAAGGUUGUUGGACAAUUCUUGUUUCGUGGGCCAGUUGAAAGUCAUCCGCAUCCACACGGGGUGGCUCAUCGCUAACAUGAGCUAAGCUAAGCUAAAAACUGGUCUCUUGUUUGUGUAUUAGGGCCCAACCGAUUAAUCGUCGGGGCAAUUUAUUUGGCCGAUAUUAGCCAAGUUUUUAAAACACAUUUCAACAUAAGACACUUAAAAAAACUAAUAAUAAAUGAUAAAAACAUUCAACAAACAUUCCUUCUCCCUAACCUUUCUCUCUUUUGUAAAGUUAAACAAAUACUAAAGGACGUAAAGGAAGGAAGUACCAUGGAACCAUAUUGAAUAAAACGGACCGUCGGGACUGAACAAUGUGUUCAAAAAUAGUUUCCAUUUGUCACGUAAACUGCCGUUGACAAAGUCUGUAAGUUCCAGAAUUGGCCGCUGUGGCGCAAUACGGGCAGAGUAUGGGACUGAUAUAUUUCCGAGUCACAGAUAUACGAUAUGACUAGAUCCAAUUCCAAAAGACAUUGAAUGUGAGGUAAUGUUAAGAUGCUUAUAUCUAUUGUCUAUUGUGCAGAUAGCGUGGCAUGGCUGCGGGGUGAAUUCUGAGGAAUACAAAACACAAGUCCCCUAAGUCUGGAACAUGCAAUUUUUUUGAUACAGUAGGUUUUU